GCAGUCUCGCGAAACCAUUAGACCGCGGAUCAAUCGCCCUAGUCGUCGCUGUGGCAGACCCACCUCAAAACCCUAGGCCCACCCACCGGAACCUGCCGGCCCGCCCCUCCCAGAAUGAGGACAACAACAAGACAGUUUGUUUAACCACCGUCAUCGAUUUCGGGGUCACGACGCCAACAUUUGGACAGUGUUGUUGAAGGUGGUCAAGUGAAAGCCGUCCUUGGCCUUGGACGUUCUUAAGCCGCGGAGCUUAACAGCGCUAAUCACUAAGAUUUUUUUUUCGGAGGGGAGACGUGACCUGCGGACAUAAUAACACAGCCGGACAGAGGAGCAAAAUCGGCCAAGGGCCACGCACGGGUCAAACAACAAAGUUCCAGAGCGCGCGCGUCGAUUAGUCAUGUAACAUAGUGCUGUCGCAGGGGCUGAGCUUAAGUCGCGACACUGCGCUGGGGCGUUCAGUAUAGACGACUAAUUAAGUCGAGUUCAUGACGUGAUGCUGCUAGCGGGUACAACAAUGGGCACAGUCGCAGAGGAGCUUAUAACGCUGAACAAUGAAGCCGUCAAGAACUCGACGAUCUUUAGCUAUAUAGGUCAGUACGUCGACUUGGACUAUUCGAUUUGGUUGUACCGAUUGCUGACCCCGUUGCUGCUUACCUUUAUCCUGCCGUCCCUCUUUGUGUUGCUGAUUUACUUUAGCAUAUCAAUUUGCUACGUAUUUAAGCUACAUCGCCGCUUCAUCCUUCAGGUGUACAACGACGGCGACUUCAACGGGUGGGAUGUGGCCCGGACGAUUCUUUCGGUGCUGUGGGACGCCCACGGGUGGAUCUUCCACGGGUACGAGGUGUGCGGGCUGGAAAACCUCCCCGAAACCGGCCCAGCCCUUAUCAUCUACUACCACGGAGCAAUCCCCAUAGACAUGUACUACCUAGUCGCGCGGAUCUACCUGAAACGAUCCCGCCUCAUCUACACCGUCGGAGACCGCUUCCUGGAGAAGCUGCCCGGCUGGAACCUGAUGGGCCGCAUCAUGAAGGUCAGCCCCGGCUCGAUCCAGUCCUGCUCCAGCGUCCUCAAGGAAGGCAACCUCCUGUCGAUCGCCCCCGGCGGUGUCUACGAGGCCCAGUUCGGCGACAACAACUACGAACUCCUGUGGCGCCGUCGAAUCGGCUUCGCCAAGGUGGCCAUCGAAUCCAAAGCCCCCAUCAUUCCAAUGUUCACGGAGAACCUGCGCGAAGGCUUCCGCUCGGUCGGCUUUGCCCAGUCGCUGUUCAUCCGGCUGUACAACGCGGUCCGCUUUCCCGUCCGGCCCGUGUACGGAGGCUUCCCCGUCAAGUUCCGAACCCACCUGGGGGAGCCCAUCCCGUACGAUCCGACGCUCACGCCCGAGCAGCUGCAGGAGCGGGUCGCGUACGCUGUCGAAAGAUUGAUCAACAAGCACCAGCGAAUACCGGGCAGCAUCCUGCACGGCUUGAAGGACCGGUUCGUGUCGCGGCCGGAUAAGAGGGACUAAAAUGCAUGGAAAUUAUUGUAUGAGAAUUAGGCUGAUCUUAAGGUAUUUUAGUGUUAACGGUGUUGUACUUGCAUUUUCAAACAUUGAUUUUUAAAAGUUAUUUACAAGCAAAGAUGAGGGCAAACAAAGCUAUUGCACUAGGAAGGUGAACGCGCGCACUCAUUCAUCACAGUUACUGUAAAAAUGCUAUCUACGUAAGAACCUAGCAAUAUUUAUGAACUUGGAGGGAAAUUGGCGUGAAAAAAUAAGCCCAAAGGAUUAACAUUAGGCACCGUACUACUAGAAUUAAGAAUGCAUGUAAAAUUGAAUGAGACAAAAUAUAGUGAUGCACAAUUGUGUGUGAAAUUAAAAA